GGUGUACAAUUUUCUGUGUACUAGUCUACAAACGUGUCGGUUGUGCGUUAAGUUCCUGAACAAGCCUCACGUCCCCGUUGAAUACUAGUAGGCUGCUUUCCCUAGCAAAUUUUUCAGUGUAGAAAAAAUCGACCCCGACGGGAUUUGCACCCGCGAUCUUUGGUACACUCGACCAAGUCAUAACUUCACCGGAAACCAAUGCCUUACUUCUAGGCCACGAGGCCGCUCGUUGAAAGUUGCAUUACACGAUGAUUGAUAUUGCAAACGAGAGUAAUUCACAAUUGCCAAUACGAGAACAAAUUAAACGACAGAAUACUGUUGCUGGAGUUCCACUUGCUGAAUUGAUGCGAUUAGCAUAAAGGCACACGUAAUGGGAUUAUUUCAAACAGGGUUACAGAGAGUUGUGAAUGAAUACUAACACCUAUUUCAAUGGACGACGCUUGAAUUACCCUCUAAACCGCACAUGGCUUGUCCGAACAACUCGCAGUAGCCCGACGUUUACUCGUUGAAAGCCGACCACGACCUACGGGCUUAAACAAUGAGCAACACUAUCAGAGAACAACCACAUCCCCAACGGAAUAAAACGACAAGGACAAGCCAACUGCAAAAACCACCCGCAUAACCCUCCAAUACAAGGCUACCGAACUCGCCUUAGACACUCUACAACCAACCGCCAGUUAAACACUCCACGGCCUGAAUACCGACCAACGCUCGCACAAUAUACCAAAAAAUGAAUCAAUUCUUGGUAUGGAGAAGAAUGUCUAGAAGGCAGACACCUCAGACAUGGUCACCAUCAUUUUGUCGGAAAGCUAAGAAGCCGCUUAUUUACUGAAUCAAUGUUAGCAAUUAUCUUCCACAAAGGGGGCAAUCCACUUACGAUCUGGCUCUCAUUUUUCUUCUUUUACGCUUAAGACGACGCACGCGUUUCUUUCUCCACUUAUCACGCAUGAUGGUGUUGGUUUAUCAUGGAGAAUGUAUGCUACCUUAUAUACCUUCUGUGACUGCUUCUUUUGACCAAAACAAAACUAGCCAAUCAAUUGUCUUCAUUUAUUCGGAAUGACUUGCUCGAUGUGACGUCAUACACAUUCACAUAACCGCCGACUACUAUCAGAUUAUGUCAAAACAAGGGGGUCUUAAUUUUAUACUGCAUUUAAUUUUAGACAAUUCUAUUGUCAUCAUUAACAGUAUCUAAUUUCAGCUCCCAUGGGUUUCAUUCUUCUUCGCCUCACAUUAUUAAGUUUCACGUGUCUCUGUUUAAAGUUUCUAAAAAACUCCACCAUAAGUUCACCACCAAGUAUGUUCCACCACGUAACUCCGUAACCACCACGAUAACCGACCACUUCCUCUCUUCAUCCUUUUUCAUGGAUCCUUCAAGGACAGCAUUUGACGGGUCUCAGAAAAGCCCGUAUGAUACUCAGCAGACUGACUUGAUGGGCCAAACGGAUUUAGGCAACUCAGCGGGAAUGCCAUUUGGUGGCUUAAACAGUAGAUCGUGGCAGUAUCCGGUGUAUUGGCAACGGGGUUCCGAAUACAGUGGAACGCCUACUGCUCCAGAGUUUGAAACAUCAGAUUAUGUCGCAGGCUCGACUGCUGGAAUUCAUCCUGGAACAACACCAGAUUUCGGCGGUACUCCUGUAGGCUCCGACUAUGCAGCCGAAUUUGCUACAGACCUCCAUUUACUACCUGGAGUAUCUCCGGGCCUAGGUGGCGCCGUGCCUCCUGUUUCACAAGACCUGUUUGAAACGCCGGCUCAAUCAGACCUAAUGAUGCUACCGGGUUACCCCACUUCCGGACAACAACGGAUGCCCUCUGUCCAGAAAGACUUUUAUGAACUUACUGGCGGAAGUCAAAAUUCACCUGCGAAUGCCAUUGCUGCAGGUCUUACUAUGAGAUCACCUACGCCUCGUGGAGCACCAGAUUUAUUUGAUGAGCAUUCUCAGAACGCCGUCGUCCAUCCAUCCAUCAGCAUUUCAACCUUAUUAUCAGGAAAUGCAGGAGCUGCAGAACGUUAUACUAGUCCAGCGGCUCAAGGCGCUCCCCUGACCGGUAACAUUUCUCCAGCUAUGACUCAAACGAUUGAUUCCACCUUAUCUCAUACCAUUCUUCAGGGCGUUCCACCUGUCUCCCAUCGCCGAAAAUCAAAGCCAAGCAGUUCUACUCAUUCUACUCCAGCCCCUGGCACUUCUCCCGAUACAGCAACCCAGAUUGAUUCAGAUGAAGUUCUUAGCGAGGAUGACUCCAAUGAACAGCAAACAAUGGUGAUGCGUUUCAAUUAUUUACAGCACUUACAAAAGAAACGCAAUGAUGCUGUUCAUGCCGAAAAGAAGCGAGUCCUUGAAGUUCGUAAGGCUCUGCAUCAACGCAUUGUUUGGCGUUAUGAGGCUCGCUUUGAAAAGCUUCAUGCUGUUGAAUACAAUCAUCAUCACGACUGGGCUUUGAGACAGGCGAUGAAAGAAGAGGUUGCUGCCGCAGAAGCUGCCGCUGCGAGGGAACGUGAAGAAAAAGAGCGCGAGGCACGGGCACGUGAAGAAGAAGAAAGACGGAAACAGAAAGAACGCGAAGAAGCAGAAAAGGCUGCGGCUGAGGCGGCAGCAGCAGCAGCAGCAGCAGCGGCCGCCGCCGCUGCCGCCGCUGCUGCUGCAGAAGCUGCUGCGAAAGCAGAGGCAGAGCGUAUUGCUGCUGAAGAAAAGCGGAAAAAAGAGGAAGAACUUGAGGCUGCAAAAAAAGAACUUGCCGAAAACGCCGAAAAAACUGAAAACGUGGAUUCCUCUUCAGUAAAUGGUUCGUCUUCUCCCCAUAAAAAGGGAAGAAAAAAAAACUCGAAAUCGAAUCUUGAAGCUCACCAACAGUCUAAUAAAGUAAACCGAAGUCAAAGCUCGAAUGAAAACACUGGAAAAUCGGGUAGUGAGGAACAAUCAUCCGGUGCUCCGAAAAAAACUAAUGACAAUUCUGACGCUUCAAUGAAUCCAUCGGACAACAAUCCGUCUAAAGGUUCUUCUUCUGGUUCUCGAAAGCGAAAGACUGUCGAGACUAUCCAAAUUCAGGUUAUUGGUGAAAUUGCAAAAAAAGAUGUACCGAAGGUUUACAAAAUCAUUCAGCAGAAUCAAUAUAAUCGGUCCAUCAAUGCACGAAAAACAUCUCAACUUUGUGGUCGUGAAGCUCGACGAUGGCAAUUUCGUACAAUCAAAAACAACAAAGAUAUGCAAACGAAAGCCAAGCGGGCUAUGCGCGAAAUUAUGGUUUUUUGGAAGCGAAAUGAAAGGGAAGAACGCGAUAUCCGCAAAAAAGCAGAAAAGGAAGCACUCGAACGUGCUAAAAAGGAGGAGGAACUACGAGAAAGUCGAAGACAGGCUCGGAAACUUAACUUUCUUAUUACCCAAACGGAGCUUUAUUCUCAUUUUGUGGGUCGGAAGAUAAAUCGUGAUCAAGCUGCUCUUACACAAACGAAAAGUAGUUCUGAUUUGAAUUUUAAUUCUGAUGAAGAGGACGAGAUUCAGCAGGCUGCCAUGCAAAACGCUCAAGCUGCUGUUAAUAAAGCACGAGAAAACUCAAAACUUUUCGAUACUCAAGCGUCUACUUCCGCGCAGGAUUCCGGUGCUGAAAUGAACGAGGAUGAAUUGAACUUUCAGAACCCUACCAUGGUUAAUGGGAUGGAAAUUGAACAGCCAAAAAUGCUCAUGUGUAAACUUAAGGAAUACCAGCUUAAGGGUCUUAACUGGCUCGCAAAUCUUUACGAACAAGGUAUCAAUGGUAUUCUCGCUGAUGAAAUGGGUCUUGGAAAAACUGUCCAAUCCAUUUCAGUGAUGGCAUACUUGGCUGAAACUCAUAAUAUAUGGGGUCCAUUCCUUGUUAUUGCGCCGGCCUCUACUCUUCACAAUUGGCAACAGGAGAUUACGCGUUUUGUUCCAAAGUUAAAAUGUAUUCCUUAUUGGGGUAGUAUGAAGGAUCGUAAAAUUCUACGCAAGUUUUGGUGCAAGAAAAACCUUACAUAUAGCGAAGAUUCACCAUUCCAUGUCGUCGUUACUUCUUAUCAACUUGUUGUCUCCGAUGCUCAAUACUUUCAAUCAAUGAAGUGGCAAUAUAUGAUUCUUGACGAAGCUCAAGCAAUUAAAUCUUCCAGCAGCUCUCGUUGGAAGAGUUUAUUAGCUUUCAAAUGUCGUAACCGACUUUUACUUACCGGUACACCUAUUCAGAAUACUAUGCAGGAGCUUUGGGCAUUGUUGCAUUUUAUCAUGCCAACUUUAUUUGAUUCUCACAAUGAGUUCAGUGAAUGGUUUUCAAAGGACAUUGAGAGUCAUGCUCAAAGUAAUACCCAAUUGAACGAACAACAAUUAAAGCGUUUGCACAUGAUCUUAAAACCUUUUAUGCUUCGUCGUGUAAAAAAGAAUGUUCAGUCAGAAUUGGGUGAAAAAAUUGAGAAAGAAAUUUACUGUGAACUCACUCAUCGUCAACGUUUGCUGUAUCAAGCUCUCCGUCGUCAAAUAUCGGUGACCGAGCUUUUAGAAAAAGCUAAAUCCGGUGCUGAUGACAGCGUGGCAAGCAUCAUGAACUUAGUUAUGCAAUUCCGCAAGGUCUGUAAUCAUCCAGACUUGUUUGAGCGUGAGGAUGUUCACAGUCCACUUAGUUUGGCUUCGUAUAGUCAGUCACACUUCAUCAAUCGUGAAGGCAACUUUUUAGAGGUUCCAUACAGUACCCGAAAUCUUUUGACCUGCACAGUGCCGCGUCUUCUAUAUGAUGAAUGUUUUUUAAGUUUACCAGGAAAGAAAACGAAUGCAGCGUUUCGUAAAAAGUAUUUAAGAAACCUCAUGAGUAUCUGGAACGAAGAUUACAUUAACACAUCAUUAUCCAUGAAAGGCUCAAACGCAUUUUCUUGGAUUCACUUAAUGAAUCUCAACGUGUCAUCCGUUUGUGAAAGUUCCCGGUUUCCCCUGGAACAACUCAUUAAACAGUAUCCUAAGCUCGAAAGAGCUCGUGCGCAAAAGUUCCGACGACAAUACCUUUAUGACAACGAUUUCCCUUCCCCUCUCCGCUCUCUUAUUAUUGAGACAAAUCCCUCUGAACGUUAUUUAUCCCUUACUUCAGACGUCCGUUCGCCCAUGUAUCAGCUUUGUAAUGUUUUGGCAGAAAGUGAUGAAUGUUCUUUGCUUUUGAAUACCGAGCCGUUACUUCCUGUGCGGGCAUCGGCUCCUCCUAUCACAAUGUACUGUUCAAAUAAUAAUCACUGUGAACGGUUGCAACAACAGUUACUCUUUAGUCCAUUCUUAAGUCGUCACAUAUAUCAGCCUUUGAAAUCAGAUGAAGAUUCGAUUAUCUCAAACAGUGCAGAAUUGCCUGCUCCUAAGAAAUCACUGUUACCUACUUUCGGUGUCUUGAAGGGAUCAUACUCGUACAUUGGUAUUCCGUCCAUGUUACGCUUUAUUGCAGAUUCGGGUAAGCUUUCGAAAUUGGAUAAGCUUUUGGCUGAACUUAAAGCCAACGAUCACCGUGUUUUGGUUUAUUUCCAAAUGACUAGAAUGAUUGACCUCAUGGAAGAGUAUCUGACUUUCCGUCAAUACAAGUAUCUUCGUCUUGACGGUUCGUCCAAGAUCAGUCAACGCAGAGACAUGGUCAGUGAGUGGCAGACACGACCUGAUCUUUUUGUAUUCCUUUUAUCAACUCGCGCUGGCGGUUUGGGAAUUAAUCUCACAGCUGCAGAUACCGUUGUUUUUUACGAUUCUGACUGGAACCCGAGUAUCGAUAGUCAGGCCAUGGAUAGAGCCCAUCGGAUUGGCCAGCAAAAGCAAGUUACUGUUUACCGGUUUAUUACAAAAGGAACUAUCGAGGAACGUAUCGUUCACCGCGCUAAGGAGAAAGAGGAAGUCCAGAAAGUGGUCAUUUCUGGAGGUGAAAGUAGGUAUUCGAAACAAAUGGACCUUAAAGGCAAUUCUCGUGAAAUGGUAUCUUGGUUACUCGAGGAGGAAUAAUAAUGUCACCUUUUUUUUAGUUUAUUACGUUUUAAUUCAUAUUUAGAUUACCACAAGUGUAUUGAAAAACGAUAGUCGAUGCCGUCUGUGUAUGUAUGUGUGUAUGAGUACAUGUAUUUGCUUAAAUU